GUCAGCCAAAUCGCACCAAGAGACAUCGCCAUGAAACUACAUACAUUCGUCUUGUUUCUUGUGGGCGUGGUGAUGGCCGAAGAGGAGCAAGCGAAGCAUGAGAAGAGGGGGCUGGAGGACCUAGGAAUUGGCGGCUUUGAGGGUGGCUACAGCUACGGGGAUGGUCACAGUAUUGACCAGAGGCAAGAGCACGUCAAGACUAUUGUCAUCACCAAAGAGAUCAAAGUUCCCGUCCCCCAGCCGUAUCCAGUUGAGGUCAUCAAGAAAGUUCCAUACCCUGUGAAGGUCCCUGUGGAGGUCAAAGUUAUAAAACCCUACCCAAUUGAAGUACCCAAACCUUACCCUGUGUAUGUAGAGAAAAAGAUCCCCUACCCUGUGGAAAAGAGAAUUCCUUACCCUGUCAAGGUCCCUGUUGAGGUACCUGUCCCUGUUAAGGUACCUGUCCAUAUCCCCAAACCCUACCCUGUCCACGUGCCUAAACCCGUCCCUGUACCUCAACCUGUCUACAUCGAGAAAAAAUUCCCGAUAUACACCAAGAAACCUGACAUCUAUAGCGGAUUUGAAGGCCUCAGCUUUGACUCCGGUCACGGCGACUUUGUCUUCGGACUGGGUGCGGCUGAACAACAGAAACGCGGCCUAGAAGAGUACGCAUAUGGUGGAGGAAUUAUAGAGGGCGGUGGUGAGCAGGAGCACCAGCAGGAGCACGUGAGAACCAUCAUAAUCACCAAGAAAGUGCCCUACCCUGUCCCCAAGCCCUACACGGUCACGGUCGAGAAGAAAGUCCCCUACGAAGUCAAAGUUCCUGUGCACGUGACCGUCCCUAAACCCUACCCUGUGGAAGUACCGAAACCUUACACCGUAGUGGUGGAGAAGAAAGUUCCAUACACCGUUGAGAAGAAGGUACCUUACGAGGUUAAAGUCCCUGUCAAGGUACCGUACCCCGUGCCUCACCAUAUUGAGGUUCCCAAGCCCUACCCCGUGCACGUCCCUAAGCCCGUUCCCGUCCCUCACCCUGUGUAUGUCGAGAAGAAGGUACCAGUUUACCUCUCUCACGAAGAAGAGGGUCUGAUCAGUGGCGGCACCGAGCAGCACGGACAAGCUGAGAGUUACAGUAGCUUCAGUCUGGGGGGUGGCCAGGAAUAUGGUCACGGAGGCUACUAA